AUGUUUGUUUCACCCCUAUUUUUGUUUAGUGUCCUGCACCUGACAUUGGGCUUGUCAACGGCAUCGAUUCCAUAUGAGCGGAAACAAGAAGAGUGCGACGUAAAAACUCGUCAUGUGUCAUGGACCGAUCUAACUUCCACUGAGAAAUUGGAAUAUAUUAAAGGUGACCUAUGUUUAAUGUCGACUCCUGCAAAAGCCGGUAUACACGGGGCCAAAACUAGAUGGGAUGAGUUGCAGUACGCUCAUAUUGUCCAAGUGAGCUAUGUUCACUUCGUGGGCGCAUUUCUUCCAUUUCACCGAUACUUUCUAACUGUGCACGAACAUCUUCUGAAAACUGAAUGCAAUUACACUGGUCCAAUUCCAUAUUGGGAUGAAACUUCCGACGUUGGAAAUAUCAAAGAAUCUACUAUUUUCGACGUAGAGACGGGAUUCGGCGGAAACGGUACGGGACUAAGUGGUUGUAUCGCCGACGGACCUUUUGCCAACAUCACUUUACGCUUUAGAGAAGACAAGACUACAAAGGAAUACUGCAUCUCCCGACACCUUAACGAUAGGGCUCUUGAGGGUGCUAAUAAAGAUAAUAUCGACGCAUGUCUUGCGGCAGAAAAGUUUACGGAUGUAUGGAGUUGCCUGGAAGGUCGGCCUCAUGGGGCUGGACAUGGUGGUGUGUCGGGAACCAUGGUGAAUCUCUUCCUAUCACCUGGUGACCCGAUAUUCUAUCUCCAUCAUGGUUUCUUGGACAAGUUAUGGUGGGACUGGCAGUCCUUAAACUUGUCUAUGAGAUUAAAUGAAAUUGGUGGUAAUAAUACGUCGUCUGGUCCAGGUUUCGGUCCCGGGCCAGGAUCCAACUUUACUAGAAACCCUUUUGGCAAUGGUAGUUUUCCUCUACCACCUGGAUUCCCGCCAACCAAUGGUUCAAACCCCUUCCCCUUUCCAGUUCUGAACACAACAAUUGACAGGGCAUUUACUGACUAUUUCAACGACAACGGGAACAUUACUACAUUGAAUCAUACUCUAUGGUCUGCUAAUAUCUUGGAGAAUAUAACAAUUGCGGAUGUUAUGGAUGUUCGUGGUGGGUUCGUAUGCGGCGAUUACCACUAG